AUGUCUCGCUUUGUUAAGACCCCCCUCGCCAAGGGAGUGCUAGCCUCGGCUUCGCUCGUGGGUGCUACCAUCGUGUACCUCGACUUCAUCCGAGCGCCUGCCAGUCCCACUCUCCAGAACUCCUACAAGCCGUUGCAAAAGCAGUUGGCGGCUCCGCCCUCCAGAGAGAAGCUCAUCGAAAACCUCCGUUCCACCCCCAAGUUCGACGUGUUGGUGGUCGGAGGUGGUGCUACCGGUACAGGAACUGCGUUAGACGCCGCUACUCGUGGCCUCAGCGUGUGUUUGUUGGAAAAGAACGAUUUUGCCUCAGGAACCUCGUCUAAGUCUACCAAAAUGGCCCACGGAGGUGUCAGAUACCUUGAAAAGGCCAUCUUCCAGUUGUCCAAGGCCCAGUUGGACUUGGUUAUCGAAGCGCUCAACGAGCGUGGUAACAUGUUGCGUACAGCCCCCCACUUGUGCUCGGUGUUGCCUAUCAUGAUUCCCGUCUACAAGUGGUGGCAGGUGCCCUACUUCUUCAUGGGGUGCAAGAUGUAUGACUGGUUCGCAGGCCACCAGAACUUGCGUUCUUCGACCGUGUUUUCCCGUGAAAUGACAAGUGCCAUCGCACCAAUGAUGGACGACUCCAACUUGAAGGCCACCUGUGUGUACCACGACGGAACUUUCAACGACUCGCGUAUGAACGCUACCUUGGCGUUCACCGCCAUUGACAACGGUGCUACUGUGUUGAACUACUUCUCGGUGGAACAGCUCCUCAAGAACCCAGCUGGUAAGGUGACUGGUGUCAAAGCCAAGGACGUCGAAACUGGUGAAGAAUUCACCAUCAACGCUACUGCCGUGGUCAACGCCACGGGUCCCCUCGCUGACAAGCUUUUGGAGAUGGACAACGACCCCCAGGGGUUGCCCCCCAAGGUGGAACAGCCCCCCAAGAUGAUUGUGCCCUCUUCAGGAGUUCAUGUGGUUUUGCCUGAGUACUACUGCCCCAGAGACAUGGGGUUAUUGGACCCCUCAACUAGUGACGGCCGUGUGAUGUUCUUCUUGCCUUGGCAAGGAAAGGUUUUGGCUGGUACUACCGAUACUCCCUUGAAGAACGUGCCUGCCAACCCUAUCCCUAGCGAAGAAGAAAUUCAAGACAUCUUGAAGGAAUUGCAAAAGUACAUUGUUUUCCCCGUCCAGAGAGACGACGUGCUCUCGGCUUGGUCGGGAAUCAGACCAUUGGCCCGUGACCCUCGUCUUGUCCCUGACAACGCUGCUGGCACCUCGUCUACCCAAGGACUUGUCAGAUCGCACAUCGUUUACGUCUCGCCUUCCGACUUGGUUACCAUCACUGGUGGUAAGUGGACCACCUACCGUGAAAUGGCCCAGGAAACCGUGGAUACCUUGGUCAAGAACUUCGACUUCGACGGCAAGAAUGCUAAGCUCUUGCCCUGCCAAACCAACAAGAUCGUGUUAAACGGUGGUACCGACUACUCCAAGAACUACUCCGCCAGAUUGAUCCACGAGUACAGAAUUCCUUUGAAGUUGGCCAAGCACUUGUCUCACAACUACGGAUCCAGAUCGUCAUUGAUCUUGGAGUUGUACCACGAGUCCGACUUCAACAAGUUGCCCAUCACCUUGGCUGCCGUCAAGUCGUUCGAACCCUCGGAACAGACUGCCUCUACCGACAACCAGUUGUCGUACCAGUCAUUUGACGAGCCUUUCACCAUUGCUGAGUUGAAAUACUCGUUAAAGUAUGAGUACAUCAGAACCCCUAUCGAUUUCCUCGCCAGAAGAACCAGAUUGGCCUUCUUGAACGCCAGAGAGGCCGCUAGUGCCGUUACUGGAGUUGUGGAGAUCAUGAGAAGAGACUUGAACUGGGAUGAUGCUACCACUAAAAGGAUGACCGAUGAGGCCAUGGACUACAUUGGUAAGAUGGGUAUUUCCAGCAAGAGAUUUGACGUGGAAGACUUUGUUGUCCAAUAA